AUGGCCUCCGAGUCUCAUCCGUCGAUAUCGGCGCCUCUACCUUUCGUGACGCUCUCGAACGAUGGCAGCUUCGAAAUUGCACCUGAAGCCAUCUCCUACCUGCAGCAGAUCCGCGGCGACAUUGCCGUCGUGGCUAUCGCGGGUCUCUACCGCACGGGCAAGUCGUACCUGCUUAAUCUGCUGCUCGGCAGGGACCAAGAGAGCGAGAUGUUUGACGUCGGGAACACUGUGAACGCAUGUACCAAAGGAAUUUGGAUUUGGGGCCAACCAGCAGGCAACCAGACCCGUCACCAAGCCUUUAAACACCUUAGCAGAGACACCACAAUCCUCUUCAUGGACACAGAAGGUCUGGGAUCCACUCAACGCUCUCAGACCCAAGACACAAGGAUCUUCGCUCUGGCUCUGUUACUGUCCUCCAUGUUCAUCUACAACAGCCGCGGAGUUAUUGAUACCAGUGCCAUUGAAGAUCUGUCACUUGUGGUAAACUUGACCAAGUACAUUCAAGCGAAAGCUCAUGAGACGGAGACAGAGGAAGGCAGUGAGCUGUCCGUGUUUUUCCCGGACUUUUUGUGGGUUGUGAGGGAUUUCACGCUUCAAUUGCAAGAGGACGGGAGGAAAGUGACGUCCAAAGAUUAUUUUGAAAGUGCACUGAAGCAGCAGCCGCCGCUGACAGAGGAAGCCGUGCAAAAGAACAGAAUUCGGUCGCUUUUGUCGACGUUCUUCCCGUCCAGAGACUGCGUCACGAUGGUGCGUCCGCUAAGUGACGAAGUGCUGCUGAGAGACUUGAUCAAACAGCCUUAUGACUCAUUGAGACCAGAAUUUCGGGAGCAGAUGGGAGUGCUGAGAAAUAAACUGGCGACGUUGUUAAAGCCCAAGACAAUGAUGUCGAAAGUGCUGAAUGGAGCGAUGUUGGUAUCGUUGGCGGAGAAUAACGUCGAUGCUUUCAACAGCGGAUCUAGUCCCGUGAUUGCUUCGGUGUGGGACCGAGUGCUGGAGUCUCAGUGCGAUCAAGCUUUGGAGUCAGCUAAACAGGUAUUCCAAGCCACGAUAGAUACCGCAAUUGCAGAAAAGAUGAAUCCAGAGACGGUGAACCAAGCGAUGCUUGCUCGUCCUCUUGAAGACACUGAGUUGGCUACAAUAUACGAAAAAGCUCUCGAGGAAGCUGAAAAGGAGCUGCUACAAGAAGAAAUCACAUCGUAUUCGUCCAUUGAGACCUACUUACUGCAGCUUUCGGAGUAUGGUCUUGAUAUUCUGCAGAGCAAGUAUGUGGACAAUGACGCAGUAUCAACCGCGUACAACAAACAGUUACUCCAGGAGCUGUACGGCUCCAAGAAGAAAUCUCUAGACGACUCGGCAACAAACUCAGGAGAUGGUACUCAGUACUUACAAGACCACUUGGCUUCUUCCCGAGACUUGCUGGAUGACAUUGUGACUCAAUAUAAUUCGCGAGCACUUGGACCCUGUAAGAGCGCGGUCCUGAACGACUUUCUGGUCGAAAAGAUGGUGGAGGGUAUCUUCGAGUGGGGAUCCAAGGUCAAAACAGUGUUUCGAUCUAACGAGUCGACGCUGGCGAUCGCCGAGCGUAUAACAAGUGAACGAGGCACCCUCCGCGAUGAAAUUGAGACCAAACUGGCGGAAAUUGAGCGAACUCGCCUGCAAGCUGAGCGGUUGGGAGCACUCCAUCAAGAGGCUUUAGACCGCUUAGACAAGCAGAUCGAGGAAGCCAAGGACGAACGAAAGCGACUGGAGGCUACUGUGCAUGAAGCUGAAGCUCGUCGAGAGAGCGAACGACAAGAGGCGCAAAAGCAAAUGCUAGAGAACGAGCAAAGCUUUCACAACGAAGAGAAAAAUUUACUGCAAGGGCAGCAGCAGUUUCUCCAAAAGGUCCUUGAGCUGGAACGACAACUUGGCGAACAAGAUACCGAGCACAUGGCAGAGCUGUAUCGUAUUGAGAAGGAAAACCAAGAUGAGAUCUUGGAGUUGUCAUUUCAGCAUCAAGAUGAACAGGAAGAGCUGAAGGAGAGUGCCAUUUGGGAUAUUCGAACGCUGAAAACACAACAAGAAGAGGAAAUUGGUGCACUCCAAAGCGAACUAGACGAGAAAAAGGCUCGUGUAGCUUUGCUUCGUGAACAACUUGAACAGAAGGAGGCGGAGGCAGCUAGGAAAAAAGCUAAAGCUAACCAACUUUUCAGUGGAGAGGAAUGCCUCGUCCAAUAG